UCCAUGACUCAGGAACAAAUAUCAGUGCUCAUCACACAAAUAAAUGCCCUUACCGGGAUUCGAACCCAGGACCGCGGCUUAGCAGGCAGGGUCACUACCGACUGAGCCAAACCGGCCCAUAAUAAUCCAUUUAAUCCGUCCAUUUAAUGCGUUUCCAUAGUUUUAUUUUAUCCAUACUAAUAUUAUAAAUGGGAAAGUGUGUGUGUCUGUAUGUUUGUCCGUCUGUCGCGGCAAAACGGAACGACGAAUUGGCGUGAUUUUUAAGUGGAGAUAGUUGAAAGGAUGGAGAGUGAGAUAGGUUACAUUUUGUCUCUUUGUAACGCGAGCGAAGCCGCGGGCCAAAUCUAGUACUAUAUAAAUUUAGGUAAAAAACAUUUAUAAAGUUGCAUUUACUGCACCUAAAUGUGAGAUUUUGUAAAAGAAUGUAACAUUUUAAUUAUAUUUAAAAUCGAAGGGUAAAGGUUGAAUGUAACAGUAAAACACCACAUAAAACUGUUAUCGCUAUUUCUUGUCACGUAAGUUUGAGUAUACUAUGUAACGACUGUUGAACAAUGUCUAACGAUAGAUGCUGGCCAUUGAUUGGUUGUUUAUAGCAUUUUAUUUGAAAAUGUGCGCUUCACUCCUCCAAGAUGUUUAUAAGUUACUACUUUCAAUUCAACUACUUUUAAUCAUAAAUGGAGGACAAUGUGCACCUAGACUUGGAGGUAUACUUUUCGAACAGUUAUUUCUUGAAACUUUUAUGGACGACGAAAAUAAUACUAAUGGUAACUACAAAAGAGAACUUAAUGUACGAGUACCAGUUUACCGAACAAACAUUAAAAAUAGUACAUCGCUAUAUGCCAAAUUAACUAGUAAUUCAAUGAAUAACUCAGAAAUUUCAAGAUGGAGGCACAAUAAUAUAAAAUUAAAGCUUCUUGAUAAUAAUGUUAAUACUAUUUCUAAUAAUUCUCUUUUCAAUAAUUCUAAUGGAAUCAUAAAUAAUAAUCUUACUACAAGUUUUCCGUCGACAUUUGCGUCUACGGUACCCUUCACUACUAUCAAAAUAAACACAACGUAUUAUUCACCUAAAAAACAGUACUAAGGGUAAAACUAAAAAGCAUUUGGAAAAAGAAAAGGUAACAUGGGAUCUACCAGUAAACAAAACAACAGUGAAAACUAGUGUAGGCCAGAAAAGUUCAGUUACGCCGAAAAGUCGUCGAUAUGGCGCUAUGCUACAAUCUAAUGGUUAUGCAUUUAAUGAUAAUAAUUGUCAAAUGAGAGGUGAUCGAGUUCUAUGUGGCUAUAACAAUGAAGGAUUAGAAACUAUUGAGCCCGAACCAGCAAACAAGGAUUGCAUUCCCCGUGGGGACAGGAUCGAAUGUGGCUAUGUCAAUCGCAGGACUGAUAACAGGCGCAAUAAUAAAGACAUUAAAGUCGUAGAAGCUGGAUCUACAAUUCAAAACGUGACUGACUAUAUAACAACAGAUGCUAUUGAAAUUGUUGUCCCUUCCUAUACAAAUGCCACAAAUAAAACUACUAACACCCUUCCUCCACUCAACAAUACUGAAGUUAAUACUCGUUCUGGUGUUAGUAGCAUUGAAGAUCAACCAGAGCUAUCAAAAAUUGAUACAGAAGAAUUACUAGAAGAUGUCGAAAAAAGCAUUGCUCUCAUUAUUACAAACGCAAGUAUUAGCACUACUUCUGUAACAACUACUCCCAGGGUUUUCACUGAUACCUCUACUAUGACAAAUACACCUUCUUCUACGACGAUUAGAGAAACACAAACAAAAUUUGACAGCUUGAAAAUUUUCGAACUUAUUGACCGUGUUGAAAAAAUAUUAUCCUCAGCUGGUGCUAUUACAACUUCCAAAACUAAUAAUGCUAGCAAUAAAUCUUUUACUCCAAUGUCUACCUUAAAAGAGCCUACAAACGUUUUCAAUAUGACAGGCAGAAAAUCUAACGAAAACUCUUCGACCCGUACCGCUGAUUUUACUAUUAAUACUAGUGUUUCAACAUCUGCUACAACUAAUACUAAUAUAACUUCACCGAGUACUAAAUCUACUAGUAUUACUACUACUUCUACUACUAGUACUACUUCUACUUCAACAACAACUAGUGCAACAACAACAACAACAACUACAACAACAACUCCUAUCCCAUAUAUCGACGAUGCCGAAUAUUGCGUCGAGAAAGAUGGCCGGAUCGUGUGUUAUGACAACCCACAAGAAGUUUACGAUAUCGACGAUGAUUUUUUAGAAAAAUAAGUUAAAACACUUCAGAUUUUAUUGAAGUGUUGUGCUUAAUGCGAUCUGAAUCUGCCUGACGACUGAUUUUACAUAUUUACCCAAGAAGUGUGAUUUAUACUGUAUAUCAAAUAAGAAAAAGUGUAUUGCAUCUUCAAAUAUCAGUUGGUAAUGAAUGCCUAUAGACCGUAGGUACUU